AGGUAGAUCGCUGUCACGCUGUCUCCGUUGGAACGUCUUCGACCGUUCAAUCGAACUCGACAUCGAUAUAUAUCGACAUAACCAUUAAAUUUUGUGCAACAAAGUUCGCCGGCAGCUUCGUUUGGUUCAAUGAUAGAUCUUAUUGUAAAAACAAUGGGUCCUAGUCGAGACGCAAUUUUGAGCCUUUACCGGAAUUUAAUCCGAGAAAGCAAGAAAUGGGACUCGUACAACUACAGAAUGUACGCUCUGCGGAAAAUACAACAUGAGUUUAAAGAAAACAGACAAUUAGGUGAUAAGGAAAAAGUUAAGCAGUGUUACAAAAAAGGAGAAGAGGCACUGACAAUAAUCAAGAGGCAAGUCACACUGGGCAGCUUGUACAGCACGAGACCGUUAAUAAUUGAGACUAAAAGCAAGUUAACAUGAUGCAACAAAAUAGAAUAUGGUUAUACCUCAGCAAUGACACAUAAUAUCGCACAUAGAUUUGUAAUUAUUGAUUUAGUUAUUGGAAAAAUGUUAUGAAAAGACGUUUUCUUGGAUCUUAUACCUUUAAAGUUUCAUAUUUAAGUACAAAAUAUUUUUAACUGUCUGCUAUACUGCCUUUUUUGUAAAAAAAAGAAGAUAAUUUGCACUUUCACAAUUCUUGGAUUUGUUUAUAUCUUUAUUAAAAUAUCUUUAUUAAAACGAAUCAGUAGUUUCUUACAAUAUUGUUUCUAUAAGUAUGUAAAAUAUUUCAUUUACUUAAAUAUGUAACAUAAAAUGGAUUUUUUUAUACUUGUAUGUAUGCCUGUACAUAAUUAAGUAUUGUAGAUGUAAAGGUGACAUUUAAGUUUGUUAAGGAAUAAAAUGAUCUUUUUAAUACUAUAA